UAUACAAAAUUUAAUUAUAUUUUAGAGGUGAGUUGAGAUCAUCACAACUUAUCUCACUAAUAUUUAUAAAUUUUAAUUCACAAAUCUCACUAUUAUUCACAAAUCAUCUCAAUUCUAUCAAACUCACAAAUCUCAACCCUCCACAAAAUUCACAUUCAUUUUCUUCAGCCGAAAAGCAAGCAUGGCGAAAUAUUGGGUCGAGGUCUGCCUGAUAUCUGCUAGGGGUCUCCGGCAUUCUUCCUCGCUCUGGAAGCUCCAGUGGUUUGCAGUCGGGUGGAUUGAUCCUAACAAUAAAUAUUGUACCAAGAUUGAUGCUUCCGGAAAUGCAAAUCCGGUCUGGAAAACCAAGUUUGCUGUCUUGGUUGACGACUCCCUAGAUCCGGUACUGCACGUUGAGGUUUACAGCAGAGAGCCCAUAUUCCUCAGAGAAAAGCUUCAGGGCACAGCAAGUGUUGUCUUGAAAGAGUUUCUUGGCAAGCAGAUCAAGAAAAAUGAGGGUUCGAGGCCUGUAACGGAAGAAGUAGGAAGUUAUCAACUGCGGAAAAGGAAUUCCAGUAAACCCAAAGGCUUUGUUGAUAUUUCAAUUCGUAUUUCCGAGGAAAGGGAAGAUCCAAGCUCGUAUAGAGGCAACGAGGAAGGAUUUAUGCUCUCGGAUCUCAGCAACAAUAUCACCUUAUCCACCGGAGAUGGCGCAGCUCUUUCCAAGCACCUGCCUCCGGUUCCACCAACUUAUCGGCCAGAAAACCAAAUGCAGUCAAACUCCCCAUAUACCCAUUCAAGGCCAUUCCCGACAAGCUAUUCCAAUCCAUCUGUGGGUGGACCAAGCUACAUGCCAGCGGGUGCACCAAGCUACCGUCCGACCAUAACUCCUCCUCCGCCACCUCCACCCCCGCCUGCUAAUGUAGGUUACAUGCCCACUUUUCUGCCAAGAACAGAUCGAUUGUCGGAGACUUACAUAAAUAUGCCGGCAUCAACUGGAGCAGCAGCGCAUGGUCGUGGCGUGGGGCCGGGUUUUGGAAUGGGAGUGGGUGCUGGUGCACUGGCAGCUGGUGCUGUGAUAUUUGGUGAUGACUUUAUGUCAGGAUUUGAUGUUCCUACAGGGUUUCAGGAUGCUAGUCUCGCCAUAUCAGUCGACCCUCCUUUCUAACAAGCAGUAAAUAUAAUAUAGCGCUUGUAAUUCUCUUAAAUGCUGUGGAAUGGAACUCUAUUUAUUGUUCACGUACUUUUAAUGACGAAAGAUUUCACUCAGUAACUAGAAUUUUGUAGA